AUGUCCACUACCAAUUUACAACUAGAUAUUUUACAAAAAUUAGACACUUUGGGUGAAAUUAAAUCUACUUUAACUACUUUUCCAACCAUUGAUUCCCAAACUAUUUUAUCAUGCUUAAACUCUCUAAAGGCAAAUGGUAAAUUAGAUUAUUCCAAAAGUGACAGCUUUGCUUAUAGUUUGACUAAAGAAGGUUCUGAAGUUUUAAACAAUGGCUCCCACGAGUUGAGAUUAUUGAAAUUAAUUGAAUCCUUUGAUAAACUAAAGAUCAACGAUGUUAUGACUAAAAUGGGUGCUGAUGGUAAAGUAGGUCAGUCAAGGGCGUUUAAAAAUGGUUGGAUUUCCAAGACUUCUGAUAAUGAAUUGGUUUUGAGUGAUAAAAUUAAAAAUGCCGGCGGUAUUUCAUCAAUCAAGGAUGAAACAAAAGACUUGCUAUCUGAAAUUAAAAACAGCGGUAAUGCUUCCCCUAAAAUCAAUCAAAAAGCUUUAAAUGAUUUGAAAAAAAGAAAAUUAAUAACCGCUAACAAAAUUACUGAUUUCCAUGUUGUAAAAGGUGCCGAUUUUUCUACAGAUUUGGUUAAACUAGAAACAGAUUUAACUUCAGAAAUGGUGGUAACAGGUUCUUACAAAAAUUUGAAAUUUAAAAGCUAUAAUUUCAAUUCUGAAGGCUUGUUACCUCAAUGUGGUGCUUUACAUCCAUUAAAUAAAGUUCGUGAAGAAUUCAGACAAAUUUUUUUUAGUAUGGGUUUUACUGAAAUGCCAACAAACCAAUAUGUUGAAACCGGCUUUUGGAAUUUCGAUGCCUUGUAUGUUCCACAACAACAUCCAGCAAGAGAUUUACAAGACACUUUUUAUUUAAAAGAUCCAGCCACUUGUGAUUUGCCUGAAGAUGAACAAUAUGUCGCCAAUAUUAAAGCCGUUCAUGAAAAUGGUAGAUUCGAAUCCAUUGGUUAUAGAUAUUCUUGGAAGCCAGAAGAAUCCAAAAAAUUGGUUUUGAGAACUCAUACAACCUCUAUCUCUUCGGCCAUGUUACACAAGUUAGCUAAAGAUCCUAAACCUUGCAGACUUUUCUCCAUCGAUCGUGUUUUCCGUAACGAAGCUGUCGAUGCUACCCAUUUGGCUGAGUUCCAUCAAGUCGAAGGUGUUUUGGCCGAUUAUAAUAUUACUCUGGGCAAUUUAAUUAAAUUCAUGGAAGAUUUCUUUGCCAAAAUGGGUGUCACUGGUUUACGUUUCAAACCAACAUAUAAUCCAUACACAGAACCUUCCAUGGAAAUUUUCUCUUGGCAUGAAGGUUUGGCUAAAUGGGUUGAAAUCGGUAAUUCAGGUAUGUUUAGACCUGAAAUGCUUUUGAGUAUGGGCUUACCAGAAAACCUAAGGGUCUUGGGCUGGGGUUUGUCUUUAGAAAGACCUACCAUGAUUAAAUACGGUGUCAAAAAUAUCAGAGAGUUAUUGGGUCAUAAAGUCUCUCUAGAUUUCAUCGAAAGUAAUCCAGCUGCCAGAUUGGAUGAAGAUUUAUACGAGUAA